AUGGCUCUCCCUCUGCGGACAGCGCCCAACGAUGUUGAUGGCUCAACAGAUCGCAUCGAAACCGAAAUCGGCAACUAUAUCACCGACUUCGCCGCGAGAGAAGUCCUAAUUACAGAAUGGGAUCAACUCAGGCGGUCCAGGAUACCCGUUCGCUACUUCACGCCUAUCGCCACUGGAAUCUUGAUGGUUGCGCCCCUAGAGAUACUCCAAGACCUGCUCCAGUCCUGUAAGAAGGCCCCCGACGUCUUUUUCGACGGUGUCAUGACAAGAUUGAAUAAGGAUAGCCUCACGGCAAUCCAGAGCUAUGUUAUAGGAGACCGCAUGGACACCAUUCCCUGGACUGAUAAAGAAAAUACAGCGACUUGCAUCCUUGAUGGAAGCUCACGCCGUGUGGAUACUUUGCGCCUUUUCCCGCUUAUCUACAAUGGCCAACAUGAAAUUCAUCGUCUCCAAUCGAUCCUGGAGGCGUUUUGGGGAGAAAAGGCUGCCUCAUGGAUAGCCACAUUCACCAAUCCCGACCUUGUCGAGUCUCCGCAGAACCACAUCUCACUAGGCUGGACAUCCCAGUCCUUAUUUUUCAAUGCGCGCAUUGCCUUCAAGCCUCUUAGAAGUGUCGACCCCAACGAAAGGCGACUUCAGCUUCACUUGUUGAAGCCCUCGGCAUUCAGGAACUUCAAUUCCUAUUUCUAUGACAACCCCCUUCACCACGCUGGCCUGGACGCGGAGAACACCAAGACAUGGGGUGACGGGUGUGCGGAUUGGAGAGGGUGGCUGAGUUUCAAGACGGGGCAUAUCGUCACUAUUCGCGCUGAAAAUCCAGCUGAUCUGCCAGAUUGGGAUAUGCUAGAGCUGCAGUGGGAUCUUCACCGAGUUGCAGCAAUCGCUGGCGCUAAAAUGUCUUCUGUGUAUGACGGGGACGGACUGGGAUGGUGUGCACGAUGA